GUGAAAAUGUGGAAUUUGGGAUUGCAGAUGGGGGAGGAUUUUGGGAUUGCAGCUGAGGGAGGGGGAUUAAAAUGUGGAAUUUGGGAUUACAGCUGAGGGGGGGAAGUAAAAAUGUGGAUUUUGGGAUUACAGCUGAGAUGGGGGGAAGUAAAAAUGUGGAAUUUGGGAUUUACAGCUGAGGGGGGACAGUGAAAAUGUGGAAUUUGGGAUUUACAGCUGAGGGGGGACAGUGAAAAUGUGGAAUUUGGGAUUUACAGCUGAAGGGGGACAGUGAAAAUGUGGAAUUUGGGAUUACAGCUGAGAUGGGGGGAAGUAAAAAUGUGGAAUUUGGGAUUUACAGCUGAGGGGGGACAGUGAGAAUGUGGAAUUUGGGAUUACAGCUGAGGGGAGGGGGGAGUAAAAUGUGGAAUUUGGGAUUAUACCUGAGGGGAGCACUGAGAAUGUGGAAUUUGGGAUUACACCUGAGGGAGGAUUUUGGGAUUACAGCUGAGGGAAAUGGAGGCAGUGAGAAUGUGGAUUUUGGGAUUGCAGCUGAGGGGAGGGCAGGCAGUGCUGGUGUUCCAGUGCCUCCUCAUCCCAACAUCCAACAGCACAGGAGGGCCACGGGGACAGCUCCACAGACCCUGGGGCUGCUGGGCUGGGAGAGUCCAGCCCUGGAGAGGGGAAAUCCAACCCUGGAGGGGGAAAAUCCAAAUCCUGGAGGGGGAAAAUCCAAAUCCUGGAGGGGGAAAAUCGAAUCCAAACCCUGGAGAGGGAAGGAUCCAAACCCUCGGGGAAUGGAAAUAUCCAAACCCUCGGGGAAUGGAAAUAUCCAAACAUUUUCAGUGAGAAGGAUCCAAACCCUUGGAGAGGGAAGAUUCAAACCCUUGGAAUGGAAAAAUCCAAACAUUUUCAGUGAGAAGGAUCCAAACCCUUGGAGUAGAAACAAUCCAGACCCUUGGAAUGGGAAGAAUCCAAACUCUUGGAGGGCAAAGAAUCCAAACCCUUGGAGUGGAAAAGUCCGAACCCUUGGAGAGGGAAGAUCCAAAGCCGUGGUGCAGAAAAAAAAUCCAAACCCUUGGAGUAGAAAGAAUCCAAACUCUGGAGAGGGAAGAAUCCAAAGCCUUGGAGAAGAAAGAAUCCAAACAUCCUCAGUGAGAAGGAUCCAAACUUCUUAUCUUGGUGAGAUAAGAAUCCAAACCCUUGGUGAGAUAAGAAUCCAAACCCUUGGAGUGGGAAAUUCCAAACUCCCGGAGAGGGAAGAACCCAACGGGGCUGGAGGAGGCCGACACCACUGAAUUCCCAAAGCCCCAUCCAGCCCUUCCUGCCCCCCCAAAUCCAGGUGUGGCCACUCCAGGCUGUCCCAUCCCCCUGGGUCUCCAUGGGAAGCAGCUCCCGGAGCAAAUCCAGGCAGCAGCUCCUCCUGCUGGGCUCUCUUCGUUCCUCAGAGGUGCCACUGGAGGUCCAAAGGGUGAGAAUUCCUUCCCAAAAUUCCUGUGGAACCAAUCAGGCUCCUC